AUGACAAACUUGUUUAAAGGGAAGUUCUUCUACUGUGUGGGUGAGGACUUAAACAACAUUGUCAACAAAUCUGACUGUCUGUCAGCCAACUACCACUGGGAGCGGAAGGAGUACAACUUCGACAGCCUGCUACAGGCUAUGCUUACCCUCUUUGUGAUGUACACCAAGGAUGGCUGGGUUAACAUCAUGUAUGAUGGACUGGAUGCUGUAGGAGUUGACCAGCAGCCCAUUAAGAACUACAACAAAUGGAUUCUGCUUUAUUUCCUCUCCUUCAUGAUGAUGAGCUUCGUCUUGUUGGACAUGUUCAUCGGUGUAAUGGUCCAGACCUUUCACCAAUGUCAGCUGAUCCAGACACAAGAGGAUGAAGAGUUGAGAAACGAAGAACAUCUGAGUGGAAGCCAGGGGACUGAAGGGGAGUCACCUGAGCGCGAGCAAACGCCAUCUUUUGAAGGUUCCUGGAUGUGGUACCUUUUAUAUAAGAUAUGUACCAGUAGAGCCCUGGAACUCUCAGUGACUGUCAUCGUUAUCAUCAAUGUUUUGCUGAUGGGGGUCGAACACUAUAACCAGCCAGAGGUCAUAAACAAAGUCAUUGACUGCUUCAACUAUGUGUUCAUGAUCAUCAUGAUCACUGAGGUUCUACUGAAACUUGUGGUGUUGGGUGUAGUGACAUUCAUAAAAGACUGCUGGAACCUCCUGGACAUCAUCAUCAUCUUGCUUUCCAUCGUCAGCAUGGCUCUAACCCAGUUAAGGAUGACAAACGUCAUUCCUUUCAAUCCCAGCAUACUAAGAGCCUGUAGAAUCCUCAGGCUCUCUCAAGUGCUGAAGGCCAAAACACUAAGAAUCCUGCUCAAAACCAUUAACAAGACUCUGUCUCAGGUUUGGAAUAUCUGUCUUCUUUCCCUGGUAAUCAUCUUUAUCUUCGGUGUGCUGGGAGUGGAGCUCUUUGGCGAGUUAGAAUGUUCUCCUGAUUAUCCGUGUCUGGGGUUACAUCGGAACAGCAACUUCCAUAACGUCCCCAUGGCUAUGCUCACACUCUACAAAGUGUGCACGGGAGACAACUGGAGUGGGAUUUUGAAAGACACAAUGAGGAAAUGCCGGCCUGAUGACGCCAAGUGUCAGAGCUUUCUCUUCUGGGUCUCUCCCCUUUACUUUUCAAGUUUUGUCAUCAUUGCUCAGUUUAUGUUGGCAUACAUUGUGAUAGCAUCAAUCAUGCAAGCCCUAAAAGACUCUGAGGAGGAAGCUGAGACAGAGCUGCGCAGGCAACAAAUAUUUCCAUCAGCAGAGGGCAAUGCAGAGAUCUCUACCUUGGACCAAACUGAUAAUCGAUCCACACCAUCUGAUUCAAUCAGCCUGUAAAAUGGUAAAUGUUAUGUAUAAUCACCUAUGUUGUGUAAACUGAUGUAGCAAAUUGAAUUUUUGUGUUGAAAGAUGCACCCAAAUAUUAUUUCUGUUUUGUAAACAUUUUGUUCUGACAUUCCUAAUCUCAUGUGGGUAUGAUAAUUUGAGAUCAAGUGGGGGUGUUGACAGAUGCUCUGUUAUUGUUUUUGUGUUGACAGAUGCACCCAAAUAUUAUUUCUGUUUUGUAAACAUGUGAUCAUUCAUGUUUUAUGUUGUUGUUUCUAUUGAUUUGUGAAUUUGUAUUCUCACCUCCUAAUUUGGAGAGUUACUGGCCCAGUGUGUGACUGGACUAAUGUAGUUGUGUUCAAUAAAGAGCCGUUCACUCA